UACAAACCCUCAAAAACAAUUUAAUAUGUAAACUUUAACCCUAACCUUACUUUUAAUAAAGUUUAAUGUGGGAAAAAAAUUAAAAUACAGUUAUAUUUCAAUGAAAGAAUAAUUUAAACAUGUAAUUUUACAGUUCCAAUUUGAACCAAGAUGAAUAAAGAAACUUUUAAGGAUGCAAAAAUCCUUUUUAGUAUAAUCAAGGCUAAAUAUCCAAAAUACCAUCCUUUUUGGUUUAUACUUUAUAUGUAUAUUUUGUACACAAGAACUUUAAAAAGGCAGUAUUUAUACAAUUUGAGACCCGUCCCUACAGAUUUCAUAAUUAAAUAUGUAAAAAACAAGAGUGACUUCAAAGAUAUACACAGUACAGUUAUUGUUAAUAUCCAUAACAUAUACACCAGUGACAAAGUGUUAAAACUAUAUUGUGAUAAAACCAAACAUACUAGAAUAGUUUAUACUGUACCUUUAACUGGUUGUGAAAAACAUGAACUUUUAGUAUCUAAUACAUUUUUCGAAAAUUUAUCAAACAUAAAUUUAAUAAAUUCUUUGAGACUACUUUGUUGUUCCCUGGACCAAAAUAUAAUAGCACAAGAGAUCAACCUAUCUUUAAUAAGUUGUCCCUUUGAUAUAAACAAUUCUCUAUCAGAUGCACUGUUGGAGAGAUAUUUUAAAAAGCCAAAGUUACUGAGAAAGGGAGACUUAAUAGAAAUCAAUAUUAAAUAUGUAGCAGAAGACAUAUUUUUUCUAAACAGUAAGGUGAACAAUGUUCAUAGUGUAUUUUAUAAAUGUAAUAAAGUUAUUUAUCAAGAGAAGGAAGUGACUGAGAGUCUUUAUUGUGUUCUGGGUGAGACUGCUAUCAAACAGAGUGUUAAUGUACAAAGUUUUAUACCUAAAAGAACUUCGAAGGUGGUACCUGAUAGUAAAGAGGAAUUUAAAGAGUUGUGCCUUUGUCCUUAUGGACUACAGAAUUACUUUCAAGAAAUGAAGCUGGCUGUGAAACCUUUUCUCAGGAAAUUAAGGCUCUCUUUGAAACCAACAUUUCUUGUGACUGGAAAUGCAGGAAGUGGUAAAGACAUUAUUGUGUCCUCUUUAGCAGCUGAAUUGGGUAUGCACUAUUACAGAAUAGAUAAUUACGAAUUAAUGGCCAAUGUUUAUGCACAAAAUGAAACAAAGUUACAUAACACAUUCUUCACUGCUAAGCUGGCUGCACCAUGUGUUGUUGCACUACACAAUUUUGAAAAUUUUGGUAAGAACAAUGACGGCCAAUUUGAUGAACGCAUCAUGGGAAACUUCUUGGACGAGCUCAACUUCUUGUUCGAAAACAAUACAUUCCCAAUAUUACUAUUUUGCUGCAGUAAUCAAAAAGAAAUACCACCCGAUUUGAAGAAAUUAUUUUUGCAGACCUUCGAUAUAUGUACUCCGUCAGAUUUAGAAAGGGAACAACAUUUGAGAUGGAUUUGUGAGGAAAGAAAUAUAGAAACUGACGUUGAUUUUUCUGAGGUUGCCAAUAAGACUCAUGGGUUCGUCUUUGAAGAUCUCAGAGCUUUGGUUUACUAUGCUGAAAGAAACUGUGGUACAAAAUUAUGUGAUUCCAAGACGUUUAAGAUUGAUGUGGACGAUUUCGAUAAGGCUGUAGAUUAUAUGCAAAAGAAUUACAAUGAAAGUAUAGGUGCUCCCAAAGUACCUAAAGUUCUUUGGUCCGAUGUAGGAGGUUUAACUGACAUUAAAGAAGAAAUCAACAAAACCAUAAAUCUGCCCCUAAAACAUCCCGAGAUUUUUAAGACAUCAGGACUUAGACGUUCAGGCAUUUUGCUGUUUGGUCCACCGGGAACAGGCAAGACCCUAAUUGCUAAAGCUGUAGCAACAGAAUGUAAUUUGUGUUUCUUGUCAGUGAAAGGUCCUGAGCUUCUAAAUAUGUAUGUCGGUCAAUCAGAACAAAAUAUUAGAGAAGUAUUCGAAAGAGCACGUGAAGCAUCACCCUGUAUAAUAUUUUUUGAUGAAUUAGACUCUUUAGCUCCGAACAGGGGAAUAUCUGGUGAUUCAGGGGGUGUGAUGGACCGCGUCGUGUCACAGCUUCUCUCUGAGAUGGAUGGAUUGAAUGAUUCAGCGACAAUCUUUAUUAUCGGGGCAACUAAUCGACCAGAUUUAAUAGAUCCUGCGUUAUUAAGACCUGGACGUUUUGACAAAUUACUAUACGUUGGGCCUUGUACAGAUGAUGUUUCAAAAACUUCAGUUUUAAAAGCUCUUACUAGGAAGUUUAAAUUGGACGACCAAGUGGAUUUGACAGAAGUUGUUAGAGUUUGCCCAAAGAAUGUUACUGGAGCUGAUUUUUAUGGUAUAUGUUCAAAUGCGUGGAUGUUUUCAGUUAGACGUCUUAUUAAAAAAAUUGAAGCUGGAGAUUUAUCAGCAGAAGAGGCAGGUUCAGAUGAUGUUAUUGUAAAUUUUGAAGAUUUUAAGCAGGCAAUGGUAAAUGUCAAGCCGUCCAUUAGCGCUGAAGACUUGGUAUAUUUUGAAAAGUUGAAGAUGGAGCUUAGUUCGAAUAGUUAAUUAUUGGUGUAAAUAAAGAUAUUGUCAAAUCAA